UCGAAUAUUCUUUGACGCAAUUUGACAUAUAACCAAACUUUUUUGUUUUAUUAUUUUGCAUUGAAGUCUCACUAAAUUUUGUCGAAAAUAAUAUCUUUAAAAUAAUUAAAAAGUGUACCAUUAAAAUGACGACAAUUCGGCCGUUUACGUGUGAAGAUAUGUUAUAUUUUAACAAUGUAAAUUUAGAUCCCCUUACGGAAACCUACGGUUUGGGUUUUUACACGCAGUACCUAGCACAUUGGCCGGAAUAUUUUCAAGUUGCUGAAUCGCCUAGUGGUGAAAUCAUGGGCUACAUAAUGGGAAAAGCGGAAGGACAUGGUGAAAAUUGGCAUGGCCAUGUUACAGCCUUAACUGUUAGUCCCGAUUACAGAAGAUUGGGCCUAGCUGCUACUUUGAUGAAUUUACUUGAAGAAGUGUCUGAAAAAAAAAAGGCUUAUUUUGUUGAUCUCUUUGUGAGAGUCAGUAACAAAGUAGCAAUUAAUAUGUACAAGAAUCUUGGUUAUAUUGUAUAUAGAACUGUAUUGGAAUAUUAUUCUGGAGACCCUGACGAAGAUGCUUAUGAUAUGAGAAAAGCCUGCUCAAGAGAUGUGAAUAAAAAAUCUGUUAUACCAUUAUCACAUCCAGUUAGACCAGAAGAUGUUGAUUAAAAUGUAAAAAUAAAUGUUUGAAUUCAA